AUGCCAUUAGUUGUUCAAGAACAAGGUUCAUUCCAACACAUUUUACGUUUAUUAAAUACCAAUAUUGAUGGUAGAAUUAAAAUCAUGUAUGCUUUAACCAAAAUUAGAGGUGUUGGUAGAAGAUACUCAAACUUAGUUUGUAAAAAAGCUGAUGUUGAUUUAUCAAAAAGAGCAGGUGAAUUAACUCAAGAAGAAUUAGAAAGAAUUGUUACUAUCAUGCAAAACCCAACCAACUAUAAAAUUCCAGCAUGGUUUUUAAAUAGACAAAAAGAUCAAGUUGAUGGUAAAGAUUAUCACGUUUUAGCAAAUAACUUAGAAUCAAAAUUAAGAGAUGAUUUAGAAAGAUUGAAGAAAAUCAGAUCACACAGAGGUAUUAGACAUUUCUGGGGUCUCAAAGUUAGAGGUCAACAUACUAAAACUACUUCAAGAGGUCGUUAA